AUGCCUCCGAUCCGCAGCUCCAGAAAUCGCAAGCCGCCGCCAGAUGGCUUCGAGGAUAUCGAAGACACCCUUCUCGAAUUCUCAAACAAACUCAAGGACGCCGAAAACGCCUCGCACGAAGGCAAGAAGAAGCACGAGAUGGUGUGGCCAGUCUUCCAGAUCACUCAUCAGCGCUCCAAAUACAUCUACGACCUCUACUACGAAAAGGAGGCCAUCUCAAAACAGCUGUACGAAUGGCUGCUGAAGAACAACUAUGCCGACAAGAACCUGAUCGCAAAGUGGAAGAAGCAGGGUUACGAGAAGCUCUGCUGCCUCCGAUGCAUCCAGACCAAGGAGACCAACUUCAACAGCACUUGCAUCUGUCGUGUGCCCCGAAAGCAGCUCAAGGAAGACCAAGUCAUUCAAUGCGUGAAUUGUGGAUGCAGAGGAUGCGGAAGCAGUGAUUGA